AUGUUAGAACAGGGUAUAAUAAGACCAUCGGAAUCCGCGUGGAGCUCCCCUAUCUGGGUUGUUCCAAAGAAAGCCGACGCUUCGGGUAAGCAGAAGUGGAGACUAGUUGUUGACUUUCGUAAACUGAAUGACAAGACCAUCGACGACAAAUAUCCUAUCCCGAACAUUUCCGACGUAUUAGACAAACUUGGUAGGUGUCAGUACUUUACGACGUUAGACUUAGCAUCAGGAUUUUAUCAAGUUGAGAUGCUUCCAGAUGAUAUUUCGAAAACUGCUUUCAGUAUAAAGCAUGGGCACUUCGAGUUCCUCCGCAUGCCCAUGGGUUUAAAGAACUCGCCAUCUACCUUCCAGCGGGUGAUGGACAACGUCCUCAGAGGAUUGCAAAACGAGAUCUGCCUCGUAUACUUAGACGAUAUCAUUGUUUUUAGCACAUCUUUACAAGAACACAUAGUUAAUCUCGAAAAG